GCACUAGGUGCAAUAGCAACUGGGCGCUGGUAGUUUAUAAAGAAGGGCGCGGCGCUGGUUGCCAUUCCAGGCACGCGAAAUAUAAUACCUGUCCUCCGAGCUAAGCUUUGUUCAUCACCGGAAUUACUCCAUGGCGACGUUCCGGCAGCGCCGCCCAUCUCUCAUGCCAGCAGCGCUUCCGUUCCUAGUAGUACUACUCUUCCUCGGCGCCGUCGCCGGCCCAGCCGCCGCCGGCAAGACGGAGGACCUGACCGUCUUCUGGGGCCGGAACAAGGACGAGGGCUCGCUCCGGGAGGCGUGCGACACGGGCACCUACACCACGGUGAUCAUCUCCUUCCUCAGUGUCUUCGGCCACGGCAGCUACUACUCCGCCGACCUCUCCGGCCACGACGCCUCCGCCGUCGGCGCCGACAUCAAGCACUGCCAGGCCGCAAACAACGUCACCGUGCUCCUCUCCAUCGGCGGCAACGGCGACCAGUACUCCCUCCCCACUGCCAAGGCAGCCAGGGACCUCGCCGACCACCUCUGGCACGCGUACCUUGGCGGGCGCCGCCGCCGCGGCGUUCCCCGGCCGUUCGGCGACGCCGUGCUCCACGGCGUCGACCUCUACGUCGACCACGGCGGGUCCGCGAACUACGACGAGCUCGCCCGCCGCCUCGCCGGGUACAAGGGGGUGCUCCUGACGGUGACGCCGCGGUGCAUGGGCGACGGCGGCGAGGGCGGCGUGGACGCGGCGCUGGCGACGGGGCUUUUCCGGCGCAUCCACGUGCGGUUCUACAACGACACCGCGUGCUCGUUCAGGUCGGAGGACAAGAGGUUCUUCUACGGGUCGUGGCUUGGGUGGGCGGAGAGGUUCCCGGCGGCGAAGCUCUACGUGGGUCUGCCGGCGGCGAGGGACGUGGCGAGCGACGGCUGGGUGGAGGCCGAGGCCGUGGGCGCGGAGGUGAUGCCGCUGGUGCGGGAGACGAAUAACUACGGCGGCGUCAUGCUGUGGAACCGGUACUAUGACAAGAGGGAUGGCUAUGGCCUGCGCAUCAAGCACAUGGUCUGAUGAUGACGAUGAUGAUCGACUGAGAUUGUCUUGUCUGCAGUGUGCACGUCUGAGUGUCUGUUCAAACUUGCAUUGUUCGUGCUUUGCUUAAUUGAAUAUCAAAUUAAACUUGUUUCAUU